AUGCCGGUGGUGCCGUCGGACGGGCCUGGGGGGCACGAAGCCCAGAAGAGGCGCUUCGAAGCUGAGGUCUCCCCUCCAACCGCACCCUCCAAGGCCCCACAUCGCAGGAGGCAAGGACAUGAGGCGGGCCCCCUCCCUCCAGGAGGAGCCCUGCUCCGGGCCGCUGUCACCCAGCAGUGGCCUCAGCAGACCACGGGAGGCGGCGGCACAGGGACGGGGAGCAGUUCCAAGGCGGGGUGGCAGGCUUCCCGGGGUUGUGCGGUGGAUUCAGGGUCCCCGCCGCGCCGCCCCGCGCUCUCGCCAGCGGCGGAGCGCUCAGACCUCCCCGUGGCCGCCUCGCCCUGGGUGGGACCCCCAGACUCGUGUGGGCCCCGGAUGGGCACCGUUGGGGGCGCAGGUGAUGGGGGGCGUCCGGCAGGGAGAGCAGCCCUCGCCCAGACCGCCGCCGGUGUGCCCCUCCCUCCCAGCUGUCAGCCCAGGGGUCUGAAGGAGGCAGGCGGGCGACACCUGGGGUGCAGCCACGUGACAACGGAAGCCGGCGUUGAGGGAGCCGAUUCCCGCCCCCGGGGAGCGCCUCCCGCUUCCCGGAUCCCCGAGUGCGGGGACUCCAGGGAUUCCCAGCGCCGGCAAACCGAGCCCGGCCCUGGGGGACAGCUUGGGAAAACCCUGGCAGGACGCUGGAAGCGGGGAGAGUUCAGAUACCGGCGGUCAGCCCGUCCUGGUCUCGGGCUUCCUGUCCUCGGUGGCGCUCCUGGGUACACGGUGUCCUCUCCAAGCUUCGGCUGCUUCCUCCAGCCACAGAAUGGUCCUUCCGAGUCCCUGGGGCCUGAGAGAAGCACAGAGAAGGGACAGCACGAGCCCUCAAGGGAAAUUCCUCGCCCGCUGCGCCACGCCCGCCCUAGAGGACCUCCCGAGCUCUCUGGCAGAGCCCAGGCCAGACACAGACAGGGACUCCGAAGUGACAAUCCCCAGCUCCGUGUGGGCCCGGGGCCCCUGAAGGGCAGGGGGUCACGCCGCGGGAGGGGAGCUCCCACGGCCCCAGAGCUGAGCGGGCGCUGGGACACAGCGCUUCUGGGGGGAGGUGAGGACCCCGCGCUGUACGCGGCUUUUGCCCCUGCUGCUGCUUCCUCCAGUCAGCAGGACAGAGACCCCCUCCCCAGGCCCCCAGGCCCCCAGCUUCCUGCUCCGGCUGCUGGGAGGCCCUGCACCCACACAUACCCCUCCCAGCACCCCCAGAGGACCAGCUGCAGCCCAGGGGUGCACGGAGCCCUGCCUGCUCUCAGAUCUCCACCCUGUUCUUGGCCCCCUACGCUGAGCUGCUUCGAGUUUGCAAGCAAAACAGGACUCUGCUUCUGCUGCGCAGUGGCGGCCGGCUGUACCGCCUGGGGUUCCUUCUAGCCGGGAUACGAGGAAAGCACAUUUCUCUGCUAGUCCCACCGGGGACAACCCCAACGCCCGCCCGGGCAAGACUCGCCUGGGGAGCCUGGUUUGGAAACCCCCCUCCCAGAAAGGGGAAACGGGUGUUUUCUGUUUCUUCAGCUCACCAGGACAUGGCCUAACAUGGUGGCGCAUGCCUGUGAUCCCAGCA